GGAACUUCCAUUCUUUUUCUUGUAGUCGUUCGGAAGCCAGCGAAGACGGCUUGGGAGAGUAAAGUAAAAGGGAGAUAGCGAGGAGAGCUGACGGCGACUGGUUACGGCGGCCGCUACGGCCGAUGCACGCGUGUGAAAUGAACGGAUAGAUGCAUAAAUAGAUAGUAAGCAUCGAUGCCAGCAGCAGAGGUACGAAAGAGACCAACGAAGCAGAUAAGAGCCGGCAGCAUCGACGGUCUUGGAAGACGGUCACGAUGUCUUCGUCGUCGCAUCGCAGCGAGUGCAGCUACGGGGACGCCCUCUACUGGGACGAUCGUUACCUGGCGGACGGCACCGCUUCCUUCGAUUGGUACCAGCGCUACCCCGCUCUCCGCCCCUUCAUCAGAAAAUACGUACCUGUUUCCUCCCGCGUCCUCAUGGUCGGCUGCGGCAACGCCCUUAUGUCAGAGGAUAUGGUGAUGGAUGGUUAUGUCAGCAUAUCAAACAUCGAUAUUUCAUCGGUUGUGAUAGAAAUGAUGAUAAAGAAGUAUGAACAUAUCCCACAAUUGGAAUACAUGCUAAUGGAUGCAAGGGACAUGACCUUCUUUAAUGAUGGAUCAUUUGACUGUGUCAUGGACAAAGGGACUUUGGAUUCUUUAAUGUGUGGUGUGGAUGCUCCACUCAGUGCCUCCAGGAUGCUAGAAGAAAUCAACAGGCUUCUAAGACCUGGAGGGAUCUAUAUGUUGAUAACUUAUGGUGAUCCAUCAGUUCGCAUUCCUUAUAUAAAUCAACCAGGAUGCAAUUGGGAAAUAACACUGUACAUUCUAGCUAGGCCAGGAUACAAAAGCGCUGGAGGAUGUAGCUUGAGGAAGUCCAUCAUGGAGCCCGUCCCACUUACGGACAAGGGUCAGCUUCCAGUUGAUUUUGUUCUAGAGGAUCCAGACUCACAUUACAUAUACGUGUGUAAGAAGAUGCCUGGAUUAUCAGAAUCUUUUCAUACGACACCAGAGUAAGGGGGGUUACUUUUGACCACAUUGAGAACUCACUUCAUUCAUAUUCUUUUUAGCGGCGCAUCAACAUUGAAGGUAUAUUCGUGGUGUUUUAUUGGGGUUGUCUGAGAAGAGAAGAUGACAACACUGGGCAACGUAAUCACUCAAAUCAUCGCCAUAUGUUUCCCUUCUCUUCUAAAGUUACAGGAAUUAAAUUCUGACCGAAUCAAAAGUGCAAGUUAUGAUUGAAAAUUGGAGUUGUUUUCAGCAACAUCAGUUCCAAGUUCUCAAACUUGUAGAUCAUUUGCUUUUCUUAAGUGAUUGGCCGGCCAUGAUAAUCGUGGUUAGUGAACCAACUUAGAUAUUUGUGUAGUUAAACCAUUAACAAUUAAUUAGAGGAGAAACCUCUUGAACUUCAGUCA